UGCCUCCGCGUCCCUUUAUGCGUCCGGGUUCCGGUAAACUAACAAGUCCAGGUCCGGAUCGUCAUCACAGCGGAUCAUAAAGGGCGAAGAGAAAACCUUGAUAUCUUGACCAUCGCGCUAAUGUAGAGUGGGUCCAUCUCCUGGAGUAAGAAUGGAUGGUUUAUCCCCUCGCCGCCAGUUUGGAGCCGUUGCCCCUUAGGAGCCCAGGAGGGACAAGUCAAGAGCAAUCGUUUCCCCACAUGGAUAGGUCGGCAGACGAGGAGAUUUAUAUAAGAGAUCGCCGUCUACCCAUAGUACCUAUAAGUCGCCCAGUUGAUUGAAGUUGUCUCCAGUCUUGUCUUUUAUAUUUUACUGUUGAGUCCAUCGUCCACGUCCAUCGUUCGUUCAAGAUGGUAGUGGUUAAAUCUCUGUCUUUAGCCCUCCUAGGGCUUCUCGCCGUUCUGCCGACUGGCCAAGCCCAUCCAGGGGAAGAACAUAACCACGCCGCAAUUCGCCGCGAGGUCAAGCACCUCCAGACCUUUGCCAGUCGGUCCACCAAAUUAUUGGAGAAAUGUUCCAAUAAUCCCUCCGCGCGAGCGUUAAGAGAGCGUGCAUUGUCACGCAGGCUUGCUACUGCUCAGUCUUUGCAGGGAGCGCGGUCUAUCAACGCUCCAGUAUUGCAUAGACGAGACCUUGCGUCUCUCCAAGCGUUUGAGGAAGUCGACCACAACGCUACGGGAUCCAUCAACUACAGUGAUCCAUCUUCCAUCUUCUCUGCCAAUACAUCUUGUAUUUUGGCCCCCGAGGUGACCAUUGGUCCCUACUAUGUCCUCGGUGAGCUGGUCAGGCAAGACCUUACAGAUGGACGGGCAGGAGUUCCACUGCAUUUGGAAAUGCAGUUCAUCGAUGUCAAUACCUGCAAGCCCGUCGAAGAUCUUCUGGUAGACAUCUGGAGUUGCAAUGCAACCGGGACAUAUUCGGGAGUUACCAGUGAAGGUACUCUCAAUGAAACUUUCCUUCGGGGCCUCCAACAAUCUUCGUCAGAUGGGGUCGUCGAGUUUGACACCCUAUUUCCCGGCCAUUACCAGGGACGAGCUACGCACGAGCACCUAGCAGUCCACACUGGCACAACUUUGCUUCCGAACGGCUCCUUCAGUGGAGGAGAGUUCUCGCAUAUCGGUCAACUGUUCUUUGAGGAAACCCUCAUCGAUGCGGUAGAGGCAACCAGCCCGUACAGCACGAACGAUGCGCCGAGGACUACGAAUGAUGAGGAUAUGAUUGCUCAAUCUCAGGCCGACAACAACAACGAUCCUUUCAUGCAGUACAUUUAUCUUGAUGCUGAUGAUAUCACGGCUGGCUUAUUGGGUUGGAUCGAAAUCGGGAUCGAUACAUCCGCCAAUCAUAGCUCCUCUGCAUCUUGGGCAUCUUAUCUGGCCGAGGAUGGUGGCCACGAGAAUCCCAAUUCGGGUAUGGGUGGCGGUCCUGGUGGUCCUGACGGUCCUGGUGGUUCUGGCGGUCCUGGUGGCCCUCCCUCAGGGGGCAUACCUGGCUCCUCUACCGCAUCUGCGAUUGCUUCUGGAACGAGCAGUGCAAUCGUAUCUGUCUACAGCUCUGGGGCCGGUCAAGUACACGGCUUGUGGAGGCGAUUCGAUGGAGCAAGGAGGCAUUGAAAUGGUCUGAGUGUGGUGGGAAUAGACUUCCUUCGCAUACUAGGAGGUGAAAGUGUGAUGCUGGUACACGAAUGGCUUAUAGCUGAUCUAUAAGAUCUUUUCAUCAGGUACAUUAAGAGGAUAUGCCAGACUUU